AUGUGGUGGCCGGCGGGGGGCACCUCACCCGUCACGGGAGAUAUGGUGGCCGGCGGGGGGCACCUCCACCCGUCACGGGAGAUGUGGUGGCCGGCGGGGGGCACCUCACCCGUCACGGGAGAUAUGUGGUGGCCGGCGGGGGCACCUCACCAGUCACGGGGAAUGUGGUGGCCGGCGGGGGCACCUCACCGUCACGGGAGAUGUUGUGGCGGCGGGGGCCUCACCAGUCACGGAGAUGUGGUGGCCGGCGGGGCACCUCACGUCAGGUGUCGUGGCCGGCGGGGGCCUCGUCACGAUGUGGUGUGGCCGGCGGGCACCUCACCGUCACGGGAAUGGUGGCCGGCGGGGGCCUCACCAGUCCGGAGAUGUGGUGGCCGGCGGGGCACCUACCGUGCGGAGAUGGUGGCCGGCGGGGGGCACCUCCAGUCACGGGAGAUGUGGUGGCCGGCGGGGCACCUCACCAGUCACGGGAGAUGUGGUGGCCGGCCGGGGGGGCACCUCACCAGUCACGGGAAUGUGGUGGCCGGCGGGGGCACCUCCAGUCACGGGAGAUGUGGCGGCCGGCGGGGGGCACCUCACAGUCACAGAGAUGUGGUGGCCGGCGGGGGGGGCACCUCACCAGUCACGGGAGAUGUGGUGGCCGGCGGGGGGGCACCCACCAGUCCGGAAUGUGUGGCCGGCGGGCACCUCACCAGUCACGGGAGAUGUGGUGGCCGGCGGGGGGGCACCUCAGUCACAGGAGAUGUGGUGGCCGGCGGGGACCUCACAGUCCAGAAGAUGUGGUGGCCGGCGGGGACUCACCAGUCGGGAGAUGUGGGGUGCGCUGGCCGGGGGGGCUUCUCCAGUCACGGGGUGUGGUGGCCAGCAGGUGAUCCGGGGAUAGGAAGUGGCUUGGGAGGAAGAGGACAGGAAGUGACCGUCCGGUGGAUAGUGGUGGCCGGCCAAAAGGACAAAGUGGUGGCCAGGGGCGUGUUGACAGACGCUGGGUCGUGUGUUUUCUGGAGACAACAACGGGGUGAUGUGUUUGUGAGCGGACAGACAGACAUACACACGGGGGAGGGUAAAGACCUCCAGACUCCACAGGAGAAAACAAUCGCUAAUUGA